ACUCACUUAAACCGUACAACUUAUUUAAGAGAGAAGCCAAAUUUUUGACAUUGUUAAAGUUGUAACUAAAUAACUAAUUAUUCCUGAAAUGAUGGGUAAUUUAAAUUUGUUGGUGGUAGUGUUAUCAGUUGUGGGUAUUGGGAUGGGAAUACUGUUUACCCCGUUAAAUAAUUCUGAGGAACAAAGAACUUUUGAGGGGUGGAAUUUGGACAAUUCCAUCGCCAGUAUUUUGGUGUAUCUUUUCCAAGAGCACGUUAAACCUCGUACGGUGAUUUACAAAUUCUGCGAAGUUUCUGGCAAUUCGUCAGCCGGGUGGUGCAAUUUAAAGGCAGCGCUGGACCAAGACGGAAAUGGGCGGAUCGUUCCUGUAUGUAGAAAACAUGAAUUAAACGGUCUGGAUGUUACAUUUCUAACUAAAAAGUUAGCAGCAGUCGUUUCCUCUCUUGAUUCAAUAAAUGCAAUUGAAGUCACCCUACUUAAUUCCAACGAGUCCAAUACCUUUAUUGACACGUUGCGUGUUGCGGCGUAUGACGGCUUUAGAGCAGUCCACCGACAAAGUAAGGCUUUCCGACCGGAGGACAUCUUUGCCAAGGCAGGAAUAACAAUUUCCUCUAGUUCCGGUAAUUCUGACCUGGAUGAAGUUGCAGUUGAAAUCAAAGGGAAAGGAAUGUCAUCAACACCGAGUAUCGUAAUAGGUACAGUUGGUUCAACAGGCUUACGUCAGCCCACCAUGUUGUCACUGAAUGGUUUCGUGUUACGUGGUGGCGUCGAGUUGAAUGACCACGUGUAUAUCUUUAGUUGCGCAACCUCACCCUGUAUCAUGAACGGAGUUAUGUCAAUUUUGAUCCAUGCAGAUGUCAACGUAUUGGAGUCAAAGCUAUCCGAGGCGAAUGGGAGUAAUCAAACCAUGAUUGUUAUUAGGGGCCUGGGCGAAAACAAGGGCAUACUGGGGAAAGAGCAGUUCUCGUCUUUGAAUGGGAUUACCAUCUUGACAGCACUUAACUUUCAGUCUUUGCCGUUUUAGUGGCACUAAAUUUCGCGUUUCAGUUUUCUUUUUUGAAUUGGUAUUAAGAAUCUUAAUUUAAGAUUAUUAUAAAUUUCGAAAAAUUAUUUGGAAUGAAUCAAUAGUACGUAUCACUCAGUAGCUUUAUAUAUAUUCGAUUGGCAUUUAUUGAAUAAUUACGGAUUUAAGGUGAGAAAUUUGUUGAGCUGUGUACAUACUUAAUUAUUUGUCGGUGUGAAAUUAAGUUGAUAGACCUAAUCUAGGCAUUGCAUUAUAAAUUGUCAAUCCUCGUGAAUAUUUAGAUUUGUCGAAGACAUGCCAGAUUAAUUCAGAAAAGCCUGUCAAUAAUAUACAUACGAUUAUUAAUAUAUAAUAAAGUUAACUUAAUCGUGGGUUUACAAUUGCAAAAA